AUGCAAAACAGAAUUACCAAUGCUAAUCAAAACUAUAAGAUAUUUGCCAGGGUGAGACCGAUUGAUUAUUAAUAGAAGAUGGUUGACUUCACAAAUGAGAGUAUUUCAAUAAGAGAUCCAACAAACAAAAAUGCAGAAAGCAAGAUUGUUUCAUUCUCUUCUGUGUGCACCACUUAGGAACAUGUGUACAAAGUGAUUGAGCCUAUGUUACAGAAACUGAUAGAGGGUCACAAUUCUUGUAUAUUGAGUUAUGGGUAGACUGGAAGUGGGAAGAGCUACACAUUGUUCGGCUAAGAAGGAGAAGAAAAUAAGCCAGACAAGAGGGGCAUUAUAACAGGAGCCAUAGAUUAUCUUCUUUCUAAAGCAUAAGAAUUUGAGGAGAUCCGAGAAUUCGAGAUAACUGCUACGAUGGCUGAAUUAUUCUUGGAUUAAGUGCGAGACUUAGGUAAGGCUUACAAAUAGCGUGAUUCUGGGAAUAUGAAUCAAUUAAUUUAGAAUUAUGAGAAUGAAAAUCUAAGCUUAUUGAUUAAAGACAUCUCAUAAAUAGCAAUAAGAUCGGCUAAAGAAUUGACAGAUAUGAUAUAAAUGGGUUUUCAAAUGAGAGAGAAACUUGAAUAGUAAAGUAAAUCAUUUGGAUAGAAGUGUCACACUGUAAUCACUUUGACCCUAGUUUAAAAGGAUAAGGAGAACUAGAAUCUGCAAUUUAUGAAUGCAUUCAUCUAAUUUGUAGAUUUGGCAGGUUCUGAAAGAAUAGCCAAGAGUUUGACACAAGAAGGAUAGUUCUAGGAGGCUAUUUUGAUUAAUUAAAGCUUGACUGCCUUAUCGAAAUGUUUGACUGCUAUUUCUCAGAUGAAUUCUAAAAACAUACCAUAUCGAGACUCUAAACUGACGAGAAUCUUAUAAAGUUGUCUCAAUAGUUAAAGUUAAAUUGCAUUAAUGGUGCAUAUCAACCCAAAUGAAAAUAAUUUUGAAGAAUGUUUGUCAGCCUUACAAUAUGCAGAAAGGACCAAAGGAAUAACAGCAUCGCAGCCAAUAGAUGAUAAUUCGAAUUAACCAGGUCCUUUCCCUGGGUAGGAUAAGUUGAUUAAGAAACUGUAAGACGAAAAUACUGAAUUGAAGGCGAAGGUAGAUUUUCUUUAAAAGGAACAUAAAUAGAAACUAUCUGAAAUCUAAAAUUUAUUAGGAAUAGACGUCGACUUAGAGAAGCUCUUUGCUAGAAUGGGUGCUUAAGAAUUGUAGAAAUACAAAAUUCAGAAGGAUGCUAUGCAAAAAGUAGAGACUCUUUCGAACUAUGUAAAAGAGGCAGAAUAUAUGAUUGAGAAGCUGUAGAAGGAAAAAGAACUAAUGAAGAAGGAAGAAAGUAUUAAAUUGGAGAGACAAUAAUGCAAGAACAUAGAAUAAAAAGAAGAAAUCAGAAAGCUGAAAGGAAAACAACAACUAGAAUAGAUUGAAUAAGAAAAAAACGAUAAGAUUUUAGAUACUGUGAAAAAACAAUUAAAAGAACAUCAGCAAGUGAUUGAGAAGAAAGUGAAUGUUAUUAUAAAUUUACCUUAAAACAUCUAGACAAAGACUUAGGAGGUGCAGAAGCAUGAAGACAUUAAGAGAUAGGUAAAAAAUGAAUUAGAAAAAGAAUAUAAAUAACAAAUGGACAAUUUAAAGGCUGAGUACACCAAAUUUUUGUAAGAUAGCACAAAUUAAUACGAGAAAUACUUAGAAAAGAAAAAUGAAGAGAUAGAUCACUUUAUUCACUAAUUUAAAAAAUAUCAAGAAAAAAAGAAGUAAUCAUCCCACCUUUAUUGUUAUAGAAUGUAAAUAAAGGACAUGAAGGUUGAAUUAUUUGAGUUAUAUGAUGUUGUUAUGAAAACAUUUAGAGUUAUUGAGAAAAUUGAAAAUGGUGCUUAUAGUUCUGGAAUCAGAUCAUUUAAUAUUCCAGCAAUGGAUAAACCUAACAUUCCUACUAGAAACAAAUUCAAAAAUCUCUUUAAGUAUCUUGAUUAAAGAAGUCUUAAAAAUACUAAAUUAGAUGCAAUCAAAGAAAAGUUAGCUCCAAAACCUUUACAAAUGUCGUAAUUUCUAGAAAAUAACAAUAUUAAAAUGAAUCUCACUAAAAUGCCAGAACCUACAGUAAGAUAAUUUGCUAGCAUGAUAAGAGAUGAAUUAGUCUCAGUUUUAGCAAGGGAGAAAGAAUUGCAGAAAAGAGUAACUGAAUUAGAGAUUCUGCAAUCAAGUAAUGAUCUGAAUACGUUAAUAAAAGAACGAGAUGAAUAUAAAUAACAUUACUUAUAAGAAGUCAAAAAAAUGAAUUAAUCAAAAAGAAUAAUCUCUAGCAAAUUUGAAUCUCAACCAAAUCUUUUAAUUAGACCCUUAACUCAACAGCAUUCACGAUACAGGUUAUGA